AUGGCGAAAGCGAAUGGAGAGGUUUUGAAGUUAUCAGCUGCGGAGAUGGAGGAAUUGACUUCGGCCCCGGAAUCUUUACCAGUCACUUCACCUGCUCGGCUCCCUUUGCCCAGCCCAUCCCUCGCCCCGUCACCAGUUCUCGACGGACGUGGUUCAGCACCAGAUACCCAUGCUUCGGAUUCUGAUGAGCGCGUUGGCGGAGGCCGUAAAAUCAGCGCUCCUGAACCGCUCAGAAUGUUGCCAGAUGUGCCUGUGGAUCGCCGUCAGAGCGCUGAGACGAAUUCAAAUUACAUGGGCAGGAGGCCUGGGUUCUCCUCCCGAGCGAUCUCCACUCCACCUACAGCUAGCAAUCGGAUGUCCUCAUACACAAAAGGAACAACUGGCCAAACCUCACCCAGGCGCAAAUCGGUGCAUCCAGGAACACGCCCAGAACCAUUGGAUCUGAACCAUUCGAAUGGCAAGCACCAAAAUGGUGGAAUCAAAUCUUCAGGAUUGGACCAGCCUUCGCCAAUGCCACAAUCAAUUCCAAUUCCACCCAUGUCAAUACCAACUUAUUUACAGUUAGAGCUAUCAUCAGCCAGGCCCUCGCCAUUGUACAUCUACCGCACUGCUGCCAGCGAAUACCCCUACGAAUCUUCGAAGGUCAAAUUUGAGCGCUUAUUGAACUUUUUGAUAUUACCACCACAACUGGAGCAGGUUCUUUACUUUGGCUCUUUAGCAUGUUUAGAUGCUUGGUUACACACUUUCACCAUCCUGCCACUGCGAUUCUUCAAAGCGGCUUGGAUCUUAAUUCAAUGGUGGGGACAAGUGCUUGCAAAGGAAGCACGCUUUAUUUCGGGAUUUAUCUACCACGGCUCGGGACGGAUGUGGCAUCGGCAACGUGGAAGGCGUGGAAGUACUGAUUCGACAUCCCGAUCUCGAAGUGUGUCGCGAGCAAGUCGACCUCCAGCGUCGACGACCUCGUCAUAUCAAUCUCGUUCGGGAACAAUUCUUGAAGUCCCAAAUGGAGGUGUAGAAAAUGUGAAACCUGAAGUGGAACGAAAACCGAGGCAAGGAUGGGGUCGAAGGCAUCGAAGAACGAAGUCCCAUCCGUCGUCUUUGUCCUCCUACCACAAAGCAGAUCUCCUGCAAGGCGCUGUUAUCGUAUGCAGUUGCCUUAUUUUGAUGAAGCUAGAUGCGAGCAGAAUGUACCACUAUAUCAGGGGACAAUCGGCCAUCAAGCUUUAUGUUAUUUUUAACGCCCUCGAGGUGGGCGAUAAACUUCUCGCUGCCCUUGGGCAAGACAUUCUGGAAUGUUUGUUUUCGGACGAAACCUUAGAGCGCGGCACUGAUGGUCGGAGCAAGAUUGUGCGACCAUUCGGGAUGUUCGUUCUCGCGCUCAUAUACAAUGUGGUCCACGCCACGGCGCUAUUUUGCCAAGUCGUGACCUUGAACGUUGCCGUUAACUCCUACUCCAACGCCCUGCUAACACUUCUGUUGUCUAACCAAUUCGUGGAGAUCAAAUCGACUGUAUUUAAAAAGAUCGAGAAAGACAACCUCUUUCAACUCACCUGCGCCGAUAUUGUGGAACGAUUCCAACUAUGGCUCAUGCUAAUGAUCAUUGCAUCACGGAACAUUGUGGAAGUCGGCGGAUUGAGCAUGCUUAGUGCCGCUACAGAAGGCGCCGCCGAGGUAUUGAAGAACUCUACUGCUCCAUUACGAAGUCAUUCCAUUAUUCCGAAUAGCUUUAAUAUCCUGCCUGCCUGGUCGGGCGAAGUCUUAUCUCCUUUCCUCUUUGUUUUGGGGAGUGAAAUGGUUGUAGAUUGGAUUAAGCACUCUUACAUCAGCAAGUUCAACAACGUCAAGCCAGCCGUUUAUGGCAGAUAUCUCGACGUGUUGGCGAAGGACUACUACACUAAUGCUUUCGUCAACCAAAACCUUGUCAAGCGUUUGGGCUUGCCAGUCAUCCCGCUGUCUUGCCUGUUUAUCAGGUCUUCAGUUCAGACGUAUCAUAUGUUUCUCGCCACCCAUAUACCGCCGCCGAUCCCAUCAACAGCAACAGCUCUAUCUGUCGAUGGUGCCACGACUUCGCCAGCGACAACGGCUGCCCUCGAACAUUUCGACAAUCUCAUCCGCCGUGCAUUGGGCCGAUCAACAUUCGGCAAUUCGGAUAAUUUAAUCAGUAAUCCAUGGUAUUUGCCAAGCGCAGAUGAUGCGAUUGCUGCUCUUACAAUGCUUGUCUUCUUCCUCGGAGCUUUCCUCGUCCUUCUUGCCUGCAAGCUCGUGCUCGGCAUGCUCCUCCUAAGAUUCGCACGCAACCGAUACCAAGACCUGAAGAAACGAGAAAACCAGAAUUAUAACACCGAAGGAAAACGUCUCGGAGUAUGGGGAAUCGUGGAGAUGGAUGAAGAUAAAAAGCGUUGGCUGUACGAUGAUGACCCUGAGCAUUUGAAGAAGCUCAAGGAGAAGGAGAGAGCUGCCAAAGAGAAGGCUGGUGCCGAGCAAGAUUUCGGGAAGAUCAGCAGAUACGAGCUGGUGAAGAGGAUAUGGUAG